UAGUAACUACACUGCCACGACGCGUGUGAACGCAUCGUGUUCAUCGUGGUGAGGACGUUGACCAUACGAGAUUUUCCGUUUCCCGAGACGUAAGCCAAGAGGAUCCGGGGAAGGAAACGGUCCUGCUUAGACCAGAGACACCCUGUAUCAUCGUCAGGGGGAUUCGUGGAAGAUGGGCGGUGAGGAAGGAUUAGGUGUAACCACUGGCCAGCCGAAUCUCUACAAGCAGGACUUGUCGAAACUCGAUAUUAGUAAAUUAACUGCAUUGUCACGCGAAGUAAUCAGUAGACAGGCUACAAUCAAUAUUGGUACUAUUGGACAUGUAGCGCAUGGAAAAUCGACCAUUGUGAAAGCUAUUUCAGGAGUGCAGACUGUUCGUUUUAAAAAUGAACUGGAAAGGAAUAUCACUAUUAAACUUGACGCGGCGAAUUGCAGUAGCAGCGGUGAAUCAGCAGAUAUACCUGGCAGAACCAUAGAUAGCAAAACGCCAGCUGUUAGCAAAAAACGACACCUCUCCCCUGCUGGAAGCACUGACGCACCGUCGUGCGCCAAGAUGCCCAGAAUCCUCGACAGAAUGGACCGCAACAACAUAUCUCAUCGAUUGGACCGCAGACACACGCUGUGUUCCUCCUCUUCUACCUCUUCAUUGGCGUCACUAUUGUCGUCAACAUCAUCAUCGUCAUUGUUUUCGACAUCGUCAUCAUCGUCAUCAUUGUCAAUAUCUUCAUCAUUAAUAUCAUCCUCGUCGAAGCGUUUGCGAGCGCGACAAGCAAUUAUGACGCAGCAAAUGCUUAAGGCAUUUGAUAGCAGCUCUCGUACGCGUAGCAGAAGUUCGAGUGCAAGAGAUCCAGGUAGUGAUGGUCGGCAAUCCGAUUACGAGGAAUCGUCGUCCGAUGGUAGAUUGUCCGCGCGAGAGGGCGCUAUAACUCCGCGCCUUAACUGUGAACUGAAAGAAGCGCGGGUCAUGCUACACGAUAUCAUGCAUUGUGAGAAGUAUCGUGAAUUAGCGGUAGCGAGAACGAUGCCCAGCAAUCCUUCUCCUGCAUCCGGUAAGAAGGCAAAAGUUUGGGAGGUAGAAAAAAUUCUACAGAAGCGGGAACAGAAUGGGCAACCGGUAUACUUGAUUAAGUGGAAAGAUUGGGAUUCCACAUAUAACACGUGGGAACCAUAUCGCAAUUUAACCAACUGCGAGGAUCUUUUGCAUGAAUUUGAGGAAGAGCGGCAGAAAUUGAUCGAUCGAUUCAAAGAUCAAACAAACUUCUAUCCGGACGCGUGCGACGUUCAGCUCUUUCUUCAUCAAAUGCAUAAGAACAUGCCGAUUGAUGAUGCCACAUCCACUGCCAUCGCCAUUAUCGGCCAAGACAGAGUGUAUACGGAAAUUCGUCGUUUCCUAAAAAGCUCGUCACCAAAUCUUAAGAUAGAGGCGAAGAUUAAACGGCAAAUAUUACGCAUGCUACUGAUUGAAUUGCGACGCGACCAGCUCGAGGCGCUGCAGGAUUGGGAAAAUGAAAUGAACAGUAUUACUAAGGGCAAGCCGGCGAUAGAAGUAGAGAAUCGAGUGGAUCUGGAAGGUGCACCGCAUGACUUUUAUUAUAUUGACAAUUAUUUGCCAGGCGCUGGUGUCAUAAUACCGGAUGAUCCGCCAAUCGGUUGCGAAUGCGAUGGCGAGUGUGGUACCGGCAACAAAUCUGGCUGUUGUUUCGCGCAGAGCUGCACGUCAUUGCCGUAUACAUCAGCGCGUCGAAUGCGCAUGCCCUUGGGUACGCCCAUUUACGAAUGUAAUAAACGUUGUGCCUGCGACCCAUCGACUUGUCCGAAUCGGGUGGUGCAACGAGGUACUGAUACGCAACUGACUAUCUUUCGUACAGACAACGGACGUGGCUGGGGUGUGCGCACCCGGCGCGCGAUUAAGAAAGGAUACGCAAACGCGAAGAUUUAUGAGUGUGAAAAUCCAAAAUGUCCUCGACCUGGACGCUACAUAUCCGGUGGAUCCAGCAAGGAUGACUCGUUCCCCUGUUUGCGUCCGGUUUGUUCAGGAAGAUUCCAACUGGUUCGGCAUGUCUCCUUUGUCGAUUGUCCUGGACACGAUAUUCUUAUGGCGACUAUGCUUAACGGAGCGGCUGUUAUGGACGCCGCCUUGCUUUUAAUCGCUGGUAACGAAUCAUGCCCGCAGCCUCAAACGUCGGAGCACUUGGCAGCUAUCGAAAUUAUGAAACUCAAACACAUAGUUAUCUUGCAAAAUAAGAUCGACUUGGUUAAAGAAGCACAAGCCAAGGAGCAAUACGAGCAAAUCUUGAAGUUUAUUCAAGGGACAGUGGCGGAAGGCGCUCCAAUAAUUCCGAUUUCGGCACAAUUGAAAUACAAUAUCGAGGUACUGUGUGAAUAUAUUACCAAGAAAAUCCCGGUACCAAUGAGAGAUUUCACGUCAGAGCCUCGAUUGAUCGUUAUUCGAUCUUUCGAUGUAAAUAAACCAGGCUGCGAGGUGGACGACUUGAAAGGUGGUGUUGCUGGUGGCAGUAUCCUUAGGGGAGUGUUGAAAGUUGGCAUGGAAAUUGAAGUUCGUCCAGGAUUGGUAUCCAAGGAUAGCGAAGGCAAACUGACUUGUCGUCCGAUUUUCUCGCGCAUCGUGUCUCUAUUCGCUGAACAAAAUGAAUUGCAAUUUGCUGUACCGGGUGGUCUAAUUGGUGUUGGAACCAAAAUCGAGCCUACUUUGUGCCGUGCUGAUCGUCUAGUCGGGCAAAUAUUAGGAAGUGUCGGCGCAUUGCCACAGAUAUUCAUCGAACUGGAAAUCUCGUAUUACUUAUUAAAACGUUUAUUAGGCGUGAGAACCGAGGGUGAUAAAAAGGGUGCAAGAGUACCGAAACUAUCGAGGGGAGAGGUACUGCUCGUUAACAUUGGAUCGUUGAGCACUGGUGGCAGAGUGCUAGCUACUCGUGCCGACUUAGCAAAGAUCAGCUUGACGAAUCCGGUGUGCACGGAGAUCGACGAAAAAAUUGCGUUAUCCAGACGAGUGGAGAAGCACUGGCGUCUAAUCGGAUGGGGUCAGAUUUGCGGCGGUCAAACAAUAGACCCUAUUUUAGAUCGGAAAUAAUGCCGAUACUUAUGGAUCUAAUUUUCCUCAAGUACGUUAUUUCUGUUCGCAAUCUGUUCACAACGCCACCAUUGGUCUUGUGUAAUAUUUGUAAUAAAAAUUUGAACCUAGU